UGGUUUUCGCUGACAUGAAAGAAAAUUUGGAGUGUAACUACAGAUAUGACAAUUUGUAAGUUUUUUCUUGAAGGACGUUGCAGCUUCGGUGACAGAUGUCGUAAUGAACAUCCGAGAGGAGGUUUACAGGGCAGACCUAACGCCAGGGAUGUCUGCAAGUUCUUUCAACAAGGAAAUUGUCGAUAUGGUGACAAGUGCAAGUUUUAUCAUCCUGACGGCAGAACACAGCAGAGAAGUGGCUUUUAUAGAAGCGAGAGACAUUCUGAUGGAGGUCGGUAUGCUGCUCUAUCUGAUGGUCAUCGAUAUCAGCAAGGCAAUCAAAUCACCAGUGGAAGAAAUCAAUACGCUGACUACAACAGAAGCACAAACUAUAGGCAACAGCCACAACACAAUCAAGGUGAUCUACGAUUUCAACAAAAUGAUGGUAACGCUUGGAGACAUCAGAGAGAUCCGAAUCCCCUUUGUAGAAGUGAUGUACGAGAGAGAGCUGCAGAUCAGCCAACAAUGGCAGAAAUCAGGAAUACAAUACACUGUGACAUGGACGAGUGGGGAAGGAGCGACAUUUGGCAGUUGUCCUCAUAUUCAGUCAGAGGAAGUGAUGUGUGUAUUGGAGAUUUCGAAGAAUUUAGUCAAGAAGAGAUUCGAUGGGAAGCGUACCAAGCGAAAACCAUAGAACGAGUGCCCGAAUACAAAGCCAAUCUCAUGAGGCUCUUACAUGCUAACAGAACAGAACGAAAUCGGAUCAAGACAGACAGGAACCUUGCAGCUCAAGUUGGUGGUGGUUGUGUACCUCAGGGGCAGUGGGCUAAUCGGCACCAGCAAGGUGGAGGAAUACUUAGUGGGCAAAUGGAGCGACAACAGUCAAUAUUGGGGGUUGAGUCACAGCCACAGAGUUCUAUGGCGAUCUUGAGUCCAAUUGUUGGUCCGGGAAUUUUUGUAAACCAGCAAAAUCAAACUCAGAGUCAGCCAGGAGUAAGUUCAGUACAACAACAACAACAACAACAACAACAGCAAUCAACACAGCCAUCUAAUGUGCAAGCACAACAACAAACAUCUUCAGAUCAAGUUAGACUUUCAGGUACUAAAGUAUCCGAGGAAGACCUCUUGCAGUUUAAGGCGGACAAAUUUAUUUUAGGCAAAGUUCCCGAAUGUCCUCCACCUCUAGAACUUUGCUAGUGUUGGACAACUUUGUUCUUUAAGAUUUUUGCUAUGAUAUGAAGUUAUUGGUCACCACAUGGCACAUCACACGCAAUAGGCGAACAUGACAUAAUACAACUAACUAAUGU